UCCGCCGCCUCAGCUUCGCGAGCGAGCCCUGCGGCCGCCGGAGCAGCUCCCGCGGCGGAGCCGGAGCCGGAUGGUCAGAGGAGCUCGGCAGCAGCAGCAGCCGCCGCGGAGUCGCCUGACCCCCAGACUGACUGGCACAGUGGAGAAACCACCUCGAAAACGGAAAAGCAGGACUGAAUUUGCUCUUAAAGAAAUCAUGUCCUCUGGAGGUGCUGAAGAUGACAUACCACAGGGAGAGAGGAAAACAGUUACAGAUUUUUGUUAUCUUCUGGAUAAAUCUAAGCAACUGUUCAAUGGGUUAAGAGAUUUGCCACAAUACGGUCAGAAGCAGUGGCAGUCCUAUUUUGGAAGAACUUUUGAUGUGUACACCAAACUCUGGAAGUUCCAACAGCAACAUCGACAAGUCUUGGAUAACCGGUAUGGCUUGAAGCGGUGGCAAAUAGGUGAAAUUGCUUCCAAGAUUGGACAGCUUUACUACCAUUAUUACUUACGCACAUCUGAGACCAGCUAUCUGAAUGAGGCUUUCUCCUUCUAUUCUGCAAUCAGACAGAGAUCAUAUUAUUCUCAAGUCAAUAAAGAGGACAGACCUGAGUUGGUAGUGAAGAAGCUACGCUACUAUGCAAGAUUUAUAGUGGUUUGUCUUCUUCUCAACAAAAUGGAUGUUGUGAAGGAUCUGGUUAAGGAAUUGUCGGAUGAAAUUGAAGAUUAUACUCACCGCUUUAAUACUGAAGAUCAAGUAGAAUGGAACCUGGUGCUUCAAGAAGUAGCAGCUUUCAUUGAGGCAGACCCCGUCAUGGUAUUAAAUGAUGAUAAUACCAUUGUUAUCACUUCUAAUAGACUUGCUGAAACAGGAGCCCCAUUGCUGGAACAGGGCAUGAUUGUGGGACAGUUGUCUCUGGCUGAUGCACUCAUUAUUGGUAAUUGCAAUAAUCAGGUCAAGUUCAGUGAACUAACCGUUGACAUGUUCCGGAUGUUACAAGCCCUGGAAAGGGAGCCCAUGAAUUUAGCUUCCCAGAUGAAUAAACCAGGAAUGCAGGAAUCAACUGACAAGCCUACUAGACGAGAAAAUCCCCACAAGUACCUGCUGUACAAACCAACCUUCAGCCAACUAUACACAUUCUUAGCAGCAUCUUUUAAGGAGCUGCCUGCCAAUAGUGUGCUUCUGAUUUACCUGUCAGCCACUGGCGUUUUCCCCACAGGUCGUUCUGAUAGUGAAGGUCCUUAUGAUUUUGGAGGUGUUCUUACUAAUAGCAACCGGGAUAUUAUAAAUGGAGAUGCCAUCCACAAACGAAACCAGUCCCACAAGGAAAUGCACUGCCUUCAUCCUGGAGAUCUCUACCCUUUCACAAGGAAGCCCCUGUUCAUCAUUGUGGAUUCAUCCAACAGUAUUGCAUAUAAGAAUUUCACAAACUUAUUUGGACAGCCACUAGUCUGCUUGCUUUCUCCUACAGCAUAUCCAAAAGCUUUACAAGAUCAAUCUCAACGAGGUAGCCUCUUCACUCUCUUUUUGAACAAUCCUCUAAUGGCCUUCCUAUUUGUCUCUGGAUUGUCAAGCAUGCGUAGAGGCCUAUGGGAAAAGUGUCAAGAGUAUCUUCGAAAAAUCAACCGUGAUAUUGCCCAGCUACUGACCCAUUCACGUUCAAUAGAUCAGGCAUUUCUCCAGUUUUUUGGAGAUGAAUUUCUUCGCUUGCUUCUCACAAGAUUUAUCUUUUGUUCAGCCACCAUGAGGAUGCACAAGAUUUUUCGGGAAACACGAAAUUAUCCAGAAACAUAUCCACAACUGCCAAGGGACGAAACAGUGGAGAACCCUCAUCUCCAGAAGCACAUAUUGGAAUUAGCAUCCAUUCUGGAUGUUCGAAAUGUGUUCCUUGAGAAUACCAUAGAUGACUAUUAAAACAAAAAUCCUCUUGUUGAAACAGUUUUUCAUUUGCCACAGAUUUUAAAUGGUGCAGUUUUCUAAUGUGAUGACAAAUGCAUAGUGGUGUUACUUAGUUUUAUUUUUUGAUUUAAGAUCACCAUUUUAAAAACAAACUGAAAAAAAAUUGUUCAGACUUUUAGGGUAACUGUUUUAAAACUCAGUCUUUCAGGUCUUUUAAAAAAAUGAGAUUAAUCUUGGAAUUUUUAUUUUUUGGUUUUGAGGUAUGGAUACUUACCUCCAACAUCUAAUCCUAUAUCAAAUAGUCACUAUUCUCACUCGGAGAAGAAUAAAUCAUUUAUUUUUGUAUAAUGAGAAAAAUCCAACUCUUAUUCUUGGACCUUAGGUGUGUAGAUUUGGAAUAUAUGUAAUUGUUCACAAAGAUGAAACUUGCCAGCAUGGACUACUGAAAAUCAAGAACAGAGUCCUUCCAUAAAAUAUUUCUUUUCAUUCCAACUUAAUAGGCAGAAAAACCUGAUUCUUUGAAGCAUGGUGAAGAUAGUUCCUGAAAUCAUUCAAUUAUUUUGAAUACUGUCAAAUUUUCAGAAAUUAUAGAAGAUUGAUUUCCAUCUAAAAGCUAAAUCUUUUAUUAGGAACUUGAGACGAUAAAUAUUAUUUGGAGUGUGUGAGUUCUGUGUUACCAUGAGAUAUGUUGGGUUUUUUUUCCCCUUUGUAGUCUUUGAAUGUUGGAUUAAAAAGAACAACUUUUAAAUAUUUCAGUCAGAAGAAAUCAGGCUGUUGAUUUCAUAAUACAGUGUCUCUAAUAGAAAUAAUAGGAAUCCUAAUUUAAACUUUUAAUUCCUGAGACCAAGCUAAAAGACUGGAUUGAUGUCCGUGGCAUAAAGUACAAAUUUGUAAUCCUCAUACCUAAAUUUAUGAGAUUUCAGAGUCAGAGAUGUUAUCAGUUUUGGUUAGGAAUAACUGAGUUGUUAUGAAACCUAAAAUGGAAAUUGCUUUUGCAUUACAAUUUGGGAAUAAGAUUUGUUAAAACUCCCUGUAUUUAAUAUUUUAUAUUCAUAUGCAACUUUAUAAAUUAUUUUAAAUAGGACUCAAUGUAUAAUAUAAAGAUUUUUGCGUUUUCUUCCCUGUCAUCCCCUUCAUAAUUUCACUGACACUAGCUAUUAGGUUUGUUUGUUUACUUGUUUUUCCUGUUUCAAUUCCACAGCAGUCAAGUUCAGGAAUUUAUAAAUCAAAAGACCUUGUAUCUAAUUUCUGAACAGCCUCACAUGCUAUCCUGGCAGUUCCAGGGGAAAGGAGGUGAUUGCUUUUAGAGACUCUUUCCUGUGUACCUAGGGAAAUUUUACAGUAAUAUUUUAAACUUGGUUUUCAUUUCUGGCAUAGAGAACUCUUAGUGUCUAAGUUAUUCAUAUACUGCUCCAAUUUAGUGAAUUUUCAUCUGAUGUUUUCAAGUUAUUGUUCUUGAGUUUUGGGGGCGUUGGGUUUUUGUUUGUUUUUGUAUUAUUUUUGUUUGUACUUUCUAGCAGCAUUUCAGAAAGCAUUGGAAAAGUCACCUUGGACAGAGAUUUCCUUUGCUAGUGAUUAGUUUCAUUAUCUGAUAUAUACCGCUUUUCUUUCAGUUACCUGGUGGUGUUCUGCAGUGCAUCAAUAGACUGCCAUUAGUUUUUUGGUGUCGGUUUCAAUUCCCCCAAAGUUCUGUGACAGUAAUGCCCCUAAGAACACAUAUAUUCCUGUUCUCUGAAGUGUAAAAUAUUUAUUGUCCUGAGCUUUAUCUUUACCUAUUUAGCAUUAAUAACACAGGGCUGGGAACUAGGAGACAUGAGUUCUAAUCCUGGCUUUCCUGGUAAAUAGUUUAGGCUCUUUGACAAGUGUCUUAAAUGUCUCUGCUUUUUAGCACUCUCAUCUAUAAAAUGCGGGGCUUGGCCCAUGGUCCCUUCCAUUAGAGCUCUUGGUUCCUAAAGAUAAGGAUUUCUCCAUCCCUGCCAGCAGGAAAACUAGUUUCCUUCUUUUCUUCUAGAUCAUGUUUACCUAGUUUUUGUUCAAGAAAAUAUCUGGGUCCUGGUUAUUGUUGUAGGAACUGGUUCAAAGAGAAUCUUGUGAAGAAAUUAGAGUUGUUUUUUUUUUUUUUUUUAUUAGUAAUAUGUUUAAGAACAAGGAGUCUUAGAAAUCAAAAAGAGAAUAUAGAUGACAUUGAUCCUUGACCUAAUAGUAAUGUAAUCCCUUCCUAGUAUUUCAAAAUCUAUAGUGAUCAGAAAAGAUCUAUGAUCUUGAGUUUACAAAAAGAAGAAAACUGUGCUAGAAAACUAAACUAUUGUUCUAUUCAUUCCUCCAAAAAAUAUUUAUUGAAUAGCCACUCUACUCCAGGUCUUCUUCUAGUUACUUGGGAAACAAAGUAGUCUUAAAAAUCCCUGUCUUGAAGAAGCAUAAAUAAUAAUAAAUAGUAAUAAAGAAAAUGUAUGUUAGAAAGUGAUAAGUAUGAUGAGAAAAAAUUAGAGCAUAGUAAAGAAAAUUUUUGUUUUUUGAGAAAACUAUUUAAGAGAGAGGUCAGGGAAGACAUUAAGUGCAAACACUUGGUGUUUUUUUUUUUAAUCUUUUUUCUUUCUGCCUUUUUAUACUUUUCAUUGUUCUACUUUUUAUUAUGAAAGUUUUUAAACAUACACAAAAUGUAAUGAACCAUCAUGUGCCUAUCACCCAGCUUCUAUGUUUUAAGGCAUCACUUUAAUCAAGGAAGAAGGAAUGUAAAAAGACAGUCAUCCAAUGAGCUCACAGUGACAAUGUCAAAGAAUUUCAUUUUCUAAGUUCAUACUACCUCCUUUAUAAAUAUGAAAAUGUCAAGCCCUUUUUAAUUUUUAAAUGUAUUUAUUUUUAGGAUUCAUAAAAAUUUGAAUAUUGGAACUAAGAACAGAGCAAAGCAAUGGGAAAAGAACACUUCUUUGUUUUCAAAUUGUACAGACUCCCCUUGGAGAUUCUAGUACAGUCUCUUGCCUCCCUUAAGAACCACCAUAAACAAAAUAGAAAGUAUAAAAUUGCAAGAAGUCAGCUGAACACAAAACAAAAUUAAGCACAAUGGAAUGAUUUUCUUCUUUUUUAUCUGUAUAAUUCUGAAGUUCAUAAAGCAACUUUUUCCCCAGUUUUAUAUUAGAGAAAGCUGAGAUCCCAAAAAGCUGUCAGUUUAUUCAUGGUUAGUGAUAGAGCUAGAAGUAAAACUCACAUCUCCUAAUCUCAGCCCAGUCUUUUUGGCAGCUCAGGUUGCUUUCUAUAAUGGACAAGAAAGAGAUUAUUAGAUAUUUAUAUUUUAGCACAAAAGUUUAUGUUAUUUUUUAAUAUUAAUUUUUAAAUAUCUGCAAGUCAACAUUUUAUCUUUAAAUUUAGCUGGUAUAUAUUCUUUCUGUGUGUAU